AUGGAUAUAGAUAAUAAUUCAUUAAGUUUUUAUAAUCUUAAAAAAUAUGAAGAUCAUUUAAAUAAUUCAAAUAAAGACGUGAAAAAUAUAAAAUCUAAACAGUGUAAUGGGAAUAAAAAGAAGCUGAAAGAAAAAAAUAAUAUAAAUGUAAAUGACAUUCCUUGUCAAAAUCAUAUAAGUAAUUCCAAUCAGAGUUUUGUAAGCUUCUCUGAUGAUUCAUCUUAUUUAAGUUCAUUUUACAACAAUGACAUUUUUGAUGAAAAUUCAGAUCAUAUAAAUGGUCAUGGAAAAUUAAUAAAUAACAUUCCAUGUAAUUCGGAUGAUUCUGAUAAUUCGUUAUCUGAAUAUGCAUGCUACAAAGAGCAAAAAAAAAAUUAUAUAAAUAAUAUUUUGAAUGAUAAUAAAUGUAAAUGCUAUGAAAAUGGAGAUUAUUCGCAACAUAUUAAAACACCUGAAAAGAAAAAACACACAGCUAAAAGUCUAGAAGAAAAAAAUCGAAAGAAUUCAUUUAAUUUUAAUAACAACCAUAAUGCUACACCCAUUACUCAAAAAACAUAUAAGAAUAUCAAUAUUACUAAAAAUAUUAAUAGUGCAAAAGAAAAUGAUGUUGAAAAUCAAAAGUCUCUAUAUGAUAAAGAAAAUAAUAAUUAUAAUGUUGAUAAGAGUAUUAUCAAUAAUAGAAAUGACUGCCAUGAUAAUAAUAAUAGUGAAAGUAAUAAUAAUGAAGAAGAUUUAUAUUCUGUUAUAAGUGGUUCAGAAUAUGAUAAUAAAACAAAUGAUAUUCACAAAAUUAAUGUGUGUGAUAACAGUAAUUCAAUCGAUAAUGUAACAGAAAAAAAAACAAGUAAAAUAGAAGAAAUAACAGUAAAAAGUAACAAUGUGAAUUCAAUGAAAGAAAAUAAGUUUACUGAUGAAAUGGAAUAUUUAAUGAAUAAUAAAAAGAUGAAAAAUAUACAAAAAAACGUUCUAAAAAAUUUUGAUUCGAAUAAAGAUAAAAUAAAAGAUACUGACUUUAUUAUUAAAAAUAAUUAUGAAUUUAAGGAACUUAUUGCAUCAACUAUUAAUAUGUGUUAUCCGAAGAUAAAAAAUGGGAAUGAUUCUCAUGAUAUUUUAAGAAACAUGGAGAAAUUAUCAAAAAUUGUUAUAUCUGAUGAUAAAAAUAAGGAAAUAUUGAAUAAUGAUGAAGAAGAAAAUACUAACAGUUUAUAUGAUGAAGUUGACAAUAUUUUAGAUAAGAGAAAUAAAAUGUACAUUGAAGAAAAAUGUAAAUUGCUCUUAAAAAAAAAGGAUGUAAUCAAUAAAGAUAAUUUAGAUAAUAAGAAAAUUGAAAAAGAUUUAAAUAAAGGUAGUGAAAAUUUAGAUAGUAGUCAAAUGAAAAGUGAGAAAAUUAAAGGUAUUACAGAAAAUAAAGAAAAAGAAAAUAAUAAUAAUAAUAAUAAUAAAUUAGAUAAUUUUAUAUAUUAUUUAAAUCAUAAUAUGAUUGAAUUAAAUGAUAAUAUUUGUAAAUUAUAUAAUAGUACUUGUGAUAUUACACAAAGAAAUUAUUGCACAAAAAAUAUUAUAAAUAUAGUACCUCAAUUAAAUAACAUAUACGAAAAUAAAAAUUUAUGCUAUAUUAAGGAUACUCCUAAUUUUAACGAAAUAUCUAAGAUAAUACCAGAAUGGAAAGAUUCUUUUGAAUUAUUAAACAAAAAAGCAUUAAAGGAUACAGAGGAUAUGAAAAAUAUAUUGCAUAGAAUAGAAAAUAUAAGGAAUGACUUAGAUGAAUUAAAUAAAGAUCUAAAAGAAGAUAAAAAAGAAUUUGAAAAAAUAAAAUUUGAAACUGUUGAACAUGAAUCUAUGAUUUCUUCUUUUGAAAAAAAAAGUAAAAUACAUAUAAAAGGAGUAUUAAAACUAGAUAAUAUGUCUUAUAAAUUAAAAAAAAUUCAUAAUAUUUCAUCAAAUAAUUUAAAUAAUUUUACAAUAUCAGAGCAUGUUAAUAGAUUAUUAAAAUGUAUAGAUAAUUCAUUAAUAGAUUAUUCUCAAAAUUUUAAUGAAAAAAAUUUCGAAAUUUUAAGAUUUCAGAAUUUAGAUAACAAAUUUGACAUUUUAACCAAUACUGAUGAAGAAUCUUGCUUUGUUAUGAAUAUUUUAAAUGAAGAGUUAAAGGAAAUGAUUUUAGAAAAAAAAGAAAAACUACAAAAAAUAAUAAGGAAAACACAGUUAUAUAAUAUUUUGGACACAAAUACAUAUAAAGAACAUAUAGGAAAUACAUUAAGUAAACAUAAUAUAUUAAUCAAUCAAAUUAAAAAUAAUUUACAAAAUAAAGUAAUUUUAUUAUUUGAUAUGUAUGAAAGAUUUUUUAAAAAAAAUAUGAAAAUAAUAAAAAUCUCAGAUAUACAUGUAAAAGAUUAUAUAAAUGAAAAUAUUAAAAAAUCUUAUAUCAUUAAAACCUUUAAUGAUACAAAAAAAAAUGUAGAGAAAUAUUUUAUGAGUAUAAAUUUUACUCGAAAUAAGCCAAUAGAUCAUCCUUUUUUUAUUUAUCAUUGUUUAAGUGAAAAAUUUGUUUAUAACUUUAUAACAUUUGUUUUAGAUCCAUUAUCUGAACAAAAUCAAAAGAAUUUUAUGCAAUAUUGUUCUAUACCAGGUUUUAAUUCUUUUCUAUUUUCACAACAAGUUAUUAAAUUAUAUAGGCAGGAAGAACAAUUUACAAAAAGCGAUAUUUCUUAUGAUUUCUCAUCAGCCUAUUCAAGAAUUAUGUGUUCAGAUUUAUAUGAUUUUUCUCAUAAAAAUUUACUGAACAAUGUAAAAGAAAAGUGGAAUGAUGAAAACCAAUAUUUAAUUUCAUUAAGGAAUGCAUCAGAUAAUUUUUUUAAAUCAUUUAUAUCAAAAAAUAAUUAUAAUAGUUAUUUUACAUCCAACUCAAGUAAUGGGUUUAAUUUAAUUCAACAUAUACCUGAUUCAUUAACACAUAUGUGCAACAAUUAUACAGCUAUCUGCUACGAUAAUUUUAAUAAUCAAGGUGCAGUUUUAGGAAUUGCAAAAAAUGAAGAUGUAAAUAAAUUAAACCUUUUAUCAUCGUAUUUACAUUCAUCAACUAGUAAUACAAAUAAUAAUACACAGAAUAAUAAUACGGCCAAUAACUUAUUUAAUAUAAAUAAAAGUAACAUAUUUACAAAUAAUUCACCAAAUAAUUUAUUUAAUAAUAAUAGUAUCACUAAUAAUAAUAUAUUAAACAAUACAUCUAAUAUAUUUGGAAAUAAUAACUCAUCUAAUUUAUUUGGAAAUAGUAACUCAUCUAAUUUAUUUGCAAAAAAUCCAUCUGAAAAUGCUACAAAUAAUAUAUUUAUUAAUACAGCUAAUAAUUUAUUCAAAAAUAUUAAUAAGACAGAUAAUCUAUUAAAUAACAAUACAAAUAACUUAUUUGAUCAAAGUAAAAGCAAUAUAUUUAUAAAUAAUCCAUCGAAUAACCUAUUUAAAACAAAUGACACUACAACUAAUAAUACAUUGAAUAGUACUACUAAUUUAUUUGGAAUUAAUAAUUCAUCAAAUAAUAUAUUCACGAAAAAUUUAAAUUCAAAUUCAGCAAAUAAUUUAUUUGGCAAUUCAACAAAUAAUAUGAACAUUAAUAAUAGUAAUAAAAAUAAUUUAUUUAAUAAUAAUAUCACAUCAAAUAUUUCUAACAGUUUACAAAAUAAUAAUACUCCAAUUAGCAAUAAUAACUUAUAUAAUAAAAGUUGUACCACUAAUUUUUUUAGUGGUAGUAAUAACAAUACAAGUGGAUUUUUUAAUAAAAAUUCAUUAAAUGUUUCUAAUAACUUAUUUAAUAAUGAUAAAACUACAACUAACAUGAAUAGUAAUAUUUUUUCAUCUUCUAGUCUUCAAACAAAUGUAAAACCUAAUAAUUUUACUAAUAAUAGUAUAUUCUCAACAAAUAUAAAUAAUAAUAAUUCAUCAUUAUCAAAUAAUGGCAUGUUUUCAUCGACAUUAAGAGGAAAUCAAUUCAUGAAUAAUAAUUCAAUUCUAUCAACUAAUGAUUUGAAUAGACAAUCUAAUAAUAUUUUUUAUACUAACAACAGUAAUAAUAAUUCUAUGAAUAUAAAUAAUGUUAAUAGUAGUAUAUAUGAUGCUAAAUAUAACUGUGAUAAUUUAAAUAGAAGUAAUUAUAUAGGGAUAAAUUCGUAUAAUAAUAACAAUAAUAAUAGUAAUAAUUUAUUUAAUAAUAAUAAUAGUAAUAAUUUAUUUAAUAAUAAUAAUAGUAAUAAUUUAUUUAAUAAUAAUAGUAUUUUUAACAAUCAAUCGAAUAUCUUUUCAGUAAAUAAUAACUCCAACAGUUUAUUAAAUAAUAAUAAUUCAUUUUCAUUAAACAGGAAUGCAAAUAUUUUUUCAAAUAAUACUUUAUCAUCUAGUAAUACAAAUAACUUAUCAAAAAACAAUUUAUUUAAUAUUUCCUCAAACAAUUUAUCUAAUAAUAGCAAUAAUAUAUUUUCUAAUAAUAAUAAUAAUAAUAAUAAUAAUAACUUAUUUAAUAAUGCAAAUAAUAUAUCUACUAAUAAUUUAUUUAAUAAUAAUUUAGGAGUUACAAGUAAUUCAAUUAAUAAUAAUUUAUCCUACAACAAUAAUAGUUUGUUUAAUCAAAAAAAUAAUUUAUUAAUCUCAAAUAAUAAUAAUAAUAUUAAUACAAAUACAAGUAUGUUGAAUAAUAGUAGUAUAUUUUCAUCAAAUAAUAACCUUUUACAAAAUAAUAAUUUCUCUACUACUUCAUUAGAUAAUAAAUCAACUAGUUUAUUUUCAAAAGAUAAUAAAACUACAAAUAAUAUAUUUGACAAUAGAUUAUUUCAAAAUCAAAAUAACAAUUAUAUUUCAAAUUCUAAAAUUGACAUAAGUGGAAAAAACACUUUUGGAAUUACUGCAAAUUUAUCUAAUAACUUAUUUCAAAAAAAUUCAUUUUCGACAACUCAAAACAAAGGAGAAAUAUCAAAUUUUAAUUCUUCAUCUUUAUCAAAUAAUUUUAAUGUGUUAAAUAACAUUAAUCCAUUUCAAAAAAAUAAUGAAUCCAAUUUUCCUUCCUUUUAUAAUUCAACAAACAAUACCUUAUUUUCUAGAUAA